GACAACACCAAGCAUUACGGAGCUAACUACUUUGUUCAGCUCGGCUCAAGAAGUCUUGAAAUCGGUAAAAACGUGUUAAAUUUCCCACGACCAGCUAAAGGAAGGGGAAGCUGUCAUGUCUGACCUGCUUAAAGAGAAAUCCCUCAGAAGAGAGAAGAGGGCAGGUAAGGUGUCCUCAGAGGGGAGCCAUGGAGUCAGAGGCAAAGAGACAACAGGCAGGACUAAGGACUCUAUAAGCACUGUGUCGUACAUCGAUGAACUAGCACACCAUGAUGACAACGCUCGGAUGGCUGUAACAAUGGAGAACACCUACCAGAUGGGACCGUACAAACGCAUCCCUGUCCCUGCAGUCACUGAUAUACUGAAGGAUGUACUCACCAGUUACCUCCAAGAGGAGAAAUAUGAAGUAGAAUGGUCCCAAAAAAUGACAAAAACAAUAUGUGAGGUGAUAAGAGCUCGUGUGAAGGACCUCAUGAUCCCCCGAUAUAAGAUUGUCGUCCUGGUCCACAUCGGCCAGCUCGCCGGGCAGAGCAUGCAGAUCAGCAGCCGCUGUCUGUGGGACGCAUCGAAUGACACGUUCGCCUCCUACUCCUUCAAGAACAGCUCUCUGUUUGGUGUGGCAACAGUCUACGCUGUUUACUUAGAGUGAAUCGU